GCGUCGCGAAAAACAUAUUCUUGGUCGUACUGAUGGCCUGUAUAAGAUGCACUGGAACCCGGAGCAUGCCCAGUCCCUCAGUCAGUCCCUCAGCCAGUCCCUCAGCCAGUGGCCUGAGCAGCACCUGGAUGUGUCUUCCACCACCUCCUCACCGGCCCACAAGUCUGAGCUUUACGCCGCUGGCCACGCCCACGGCCGAGGUGGCUACGCCUGGGCCAAUGAUGACAUCUCAGCCCUCACCGCCUCCAACCUGCUGAAGAGCUAUGCAGAGAAGUACUGUGAUGUUCUAGACUCGCCAUACGACCGUCCACCGGGGCCCGCUGUAGGGACCUACCCAGAGCCAGGGGCUUUCGGGGGCCUUAUUGGCCUCAAGACUGAGCUGGAACCCUGGCCCCUGAGCCACAGUGCAGAGGGGCUCUACCCCGGGUCCCUGGAUGGUCUGUCGGGCCCGAAGGCCGGGGUCACAUCAGCAGGGCCCCCAGGGGCCAGCAAUAUGUCAGGGGUCAACAGUAACCUCUCAGAGUCUUGUUAUAGUGGUAGCAGCUCCUCCUCUGGCUCUCACUCAGGUGACUACAACCGCCCCAGCUACAACGGUACCUACGUCUCGCCUGGCUACUGCCCCCAGCCCCCUUCAGCACUCCCCCUUGCCUCCCUCCAACACCCCCUCCAGCCCACACCCACCCUGUUGCCCAGCUACUCCCUCUCCACCUCGGUCUACAACUACCACCCCAGCAGCUACCCCCACCAGCCCGGCCUGGGCCCCACCUACAGCCACCCCUCUGCAGGGUACUUACCCCCGGGGCUGGCCACCCCCACUCCCCUCCCGUCUCGGCCCACCGUGGUCGGGGGUAGCUACGGCUACCAGGAAUCUGGAGGUGGGUUGAAGAGGAAGGCGUUUGAAAUGUCAUUAGACGAGGAGGAGGAUGGCUCUAGAUACAGUAAGUAUACAGGCUACGACCCAGUGAAGCCUGGAGGAGGGGACUCUCUCUCUCCCUACAGAGUGGGAGAGAAAGAAAACAGUGGCAUCACCACGGGCAGCACAGAUCCCCAGGCCUUCAAGCCCAGUAAGCCCUCCUCCCAGCCCCUCGUGUCUCCUCCGUACAGGGUGGCUUUAGCAGGGGACUACAGCCCACCAGCAGGGAUGACUGGGGAGAACGUAGGAGGAGGAGGAGGGUCAGAGAACCAGGGCUUCACCCAGCAGCAGCACCACUCCUCCCUGGUCCACAACAAUAAACUCCCCUCCCUGCAUGGCCAGGGCCAGCCUGGGUCUGGACCAGGGGAGUCGGGCAGCCUGAAGAGCCCAGACCCCAGGCUUCUGGAUCUAGUCAACGGGGAGUUGCUGGACUGUAGCCCGGCCCUGCUAUGGGGGGAGCUGGCUGGCCUGACCCACGUCAAGGCUGCCCUGGAGGAGGAGCUGCUGUGGCCCUGUCUUAGGCCCAGCCCCGCUGUCCGCCCCCCAGCCACUGUUCUGUUAUUCGGCCCCCGAGGAGGCGGGAAGACCACCCUAGCACGCUCCAUGGCCUCCCAGCUUGGGGCCUCCUUCUAUAGGCUCAGUGGGGCCAUGUUAGCCUCUAAAGGCAAGGCUGAGGCUGAGGGGAUCCUGGGGGCCACACUGCAGGUGGCAGGGUUGAGGCAGCCCUCCGUGGUGCUGCUCAGUGAGGUGGAGGCUAUGGAGAAGGAGGAGGGGUUGAGGCAGGUGUUGCUAUCGGCCCUGGAGAAGGCCCAGAAGGAGUUAGGAUCGGCGGGAGGAGCCCCUGGGCUGGUGAUCAUGGUGUGUGCCACCGGUAGGCCAGAUCUGCUCCAGGAUGCUGUGCAUCGGAGCUUCGCCAAGUGCUACCACGUGGGCCUGCCAGAUGCUUUUUACAGAAAGCCGAGUUGAGCGCAACGUGCAUCUCCAGUUAGUUAGGAUUCCAUCCAAAGAUCUUGGUUAUUCGUGAUCCAAGACAUAAAUCAGCAAUGUGUUGUCAAGGUGACAUGGUCCAAGGAAAUGGAUAAUCAGGGUCCUGUUCAUGAGGCACCAAACAAAUUAAAACAUACAGAAACAGGGAAGGAACAACCUGGAUUUGUCCACGCAUUUUCGAUUUCUGUUGCAAAACAGACUGAAUAGGGCCAGGACUACCUGGACUCGUCCAACAUAGAACACACAUUUUUUUUAAACAUUUGCCCUAAUGAACAGGACCCAGGGUUGAUUUGGGAGAACCCCCUGUUGACUGACUGCUACUCUCAGGACUUUAUUCAUUACAGUCCUCCCCUGUGGUGUUUUAGAUUUCAUUACCUUAUUCAUUACAGUCCUCCCCUGUGGUGUUUUAGAUUUCAUUACCUUAUUCAUUACAGUCCUCCCCUGUGGUGUUUUAGAUUUCAUUACCUUAUUCAUUACUAGUCCUCUCCUGUGGUGUUUUAGAUUUCAUUACCUUAUUCAUUACCAGUCCUCUCCUGUGGUGUUUUUGAUGUCAUUACCUUAUUCAUUACCAGUCCUCCCCUGUGGUGUUUUAGAUUUCAUUACCUUAUUCAUUACCAGUCCUCCCCUGUGGUGUUUUAGAUUUCAUUACCUUAUUCAUUACCAGUCCUCUCCUGUGGUGUUUUAGAUUUCAUUACCUUAUUUAUUACCAGUCCUCUCCUGUGGUGUUUUAGAUUUCAUUACCUUAUUCAUUACCAGUCCUCUCCUGUGGUGUUUUAGAUGUCAUUACCUUAUUCAUUACCAGUCUACUCCUGUGGUGCUUUAGAUUUCAUUACCUUAUUUAUCACCUUAUUUAGCAUCAUUAUUGGUCAUUUGGGUGUGAAAAGAGCCUAGGAUCUAUUUGAAUAACAUUUCUUUUCUUUUUAACCCCAAAAUAUCAAUACUCGUAUCAUUAUGUGUUAUUGACUUAAAACAUAGCUUCUCACCAAAAUCAUGACAUCAUGACCAUUACAAAAAUCUAACUUUAGAAAAACGCUGAAAUGGAACAUAUUGGUCAUGAUACUGGGCUGUAUUUGAUUAUAGACUGGGUGGUUCGAGCCCUGAAUAUUGAUUGGCUGAAAGCCGUGAGACUGUAUACCACGGGUAUGACAAACAUUUAAUUUUACUGUUCUAAUUACGUUUGUAACCAGUUUAUAAUAGCAAUAAGGCACCUUGGGGGUUUGUGGUAUGCUAUAUGGCUUGGAUGUUGCUUUAAUACAAAAUAUAACACACACAGGCACAGUAAGGCAAGAUGGCGGAAGCCUUGUUUGAAAUGCUCAGGAAAAAUGAAUUUACCUCAGAAAUUUGAAAUAAAGAAUGUAUGUAAUCUUCAGGUUUUGGUGGAGAGAGUAGAGGAGGAGAGAAAGAG